CAUUUGCUCGCCAGAUCCCAGUCUGAAAUCGAUUGAACCGCCAGCGAUGAAGGGAGGCCGCCGCUCGCUGCUGCUGCUGCUCAUGGCCGUGGCCUUGUGCUACAGUGCGCUGUCCUCGAACAGCGCCCGCGCCGAGGUGUCCACGGGCUCGGAUGAAGUGCUGGGAAGCACGCCGAGUCUGCUGGUGGAUGAUCUAAAUGAUGAACCGUUGACCGGCGGUGAGACGUUCGCGUUCCAGGCCGAGGUCUCGCGUCUCAUGGACAUCCUAAUCAACUCACUUUACCGCACCAAGGAGAUUUUCCUACGCGAGCUCAUCUCCAACGCCUCCGAUGCACUAGACAAGAUCCGCUUCCUAGCGUUGUCUAACAAUGAGCUUCUAGGCAAGCUACGCGACCUGGAGAUCCGCAUCAGCUUUGACAAGGACGCUGGCACACUUACAAUCCGAGACACGGGCGUGGGUAUGACCAAGGACGAUCUCGUCAACAACCUGGGUACGGUGGCCAAGUCGGGCACGGCCAACUUCGUCGAAGCCAUGCAGGCCGGAGCAGACGACAGCAGCCUCAUCGGUCAAUUCGGAGUCGGUUUCUACUCCGUCUACCUCGUGGCCGACCGUGUGCGUGUCGUGAGCAAGAACAACAACGACGACCAGUACAUCUGGGAGUCGGACGCCAACGCGUCGUUUACGAUCACGAAAGAUCCGCGCGGUGACACCCUCGGUCGUGGUACGGAGAUCACGCUGUUCCUCAAGCCCGACGCUACCGAGUUCCAAGACCAGGACAAACUCAAGAACCUCGUUGGCCACUACAGCGAGUUCAUCACGUUCCCUAUUUACGUGAACACAACGUCCACCGAGACAUACGAAGUCGAGGAGGAGCCUGCAGAUGUCGAGGAGGUCGUUGAAGAGGAGACGGACGAAGAGAAACCCAGUGAGGAAGAUGAAGAACUUGAGGCUGUGGAAGAAGAGGAUGUUAAGACUCCGAAGACCCGCGCCGAGACCCGUACUGUUUGGAAGUGGGAACGUGUGAACGAGGUGAAGGCCAUCUGGACGCGCUCCAAGGACGAAAUCAGUGACGAGGAGUACGAGAGUUUCUACCACUCGCUACAGAAGACUGACAUUACAGACCCGCUGACGUGGAUCCACUUCCAGGCUGAGGGUGAGAUUGAGUUCAAGUCGAUCUUAUACGUACCUGGUCAGGCUCCUCGUGAUCUGUACACUCGUUUCGAGAACAAAAAGGCCGACAUCAAGCUUUAUGUCCGCAAGGUUCUCAUCACGGACGACUUUGACGAUUUCUUGCCGCGCUAUUUGAACUUUAUCGCUGGCGUUGUGGACUCAGAUGACCUGCCAAUCAACGUGUCACGUGAAACGCUGCAGGAGAACAAGAUCUUGCGUGUUAUCCGCAAGAAGCUUGUGCGCAAGGUUCUAGAAAUGCUGCGUAAGUUGGCUGAGAAGGAUGAAGACGACGAUGAGGAAGACGAAGAGGAUGACGAGGUAGUGGACACCUCGGCCGAUGAGUCUAACGAUAAGAAGGAGACUGAAGGAGAUGCUGAGAAAGAAGAAGAAGAGGAAGAAGAGGAUGGCAACGCCGCCUACAACAAGUUUUGGGAGGAGUUUGGCAAGAACAUCAAGCUUGGCGUGAUGGACGACGCUGCUAACCGUGCCAAGCUGGUGAAGCUGUUGCGUUUCGUGACGAGCGAGAGUGACGGUAAGUGGACUUCACUGGAGCAGUACGUGGACCGCAUGAAAGACUGGCAGGACUCGAUUUACUACAUCGCUGCCGAGAACGCUGAUGCAUGCGAGAAGUCCCCGUUCAUGGAGAAGAUGCGUGCCAAGGGCCUUGAGGUGCUGUAUUUCGUUGAUGCUCUGGACGAGUACAUGGUGUCGCACAUUUCGGAGUUCGAUGGCAAGAAACUGGUGUCCAUUACAAAGGAAGGCAUUAAGUUCGGUGACGAGGACGAGUCGCUCACGCAGAAGCGUGAGCAGCUUUACGCGGACAAGUACGUGGCUCUCACGACCGCUCUCAAGACGCUCUACGGCGACAAGAUUUCUCGUGUGACCAUGUCGCAGCGUGUUGUGGACUCGCCUGCGGUUAUGGUGACGUCCCAGUGGGGUUACUCAGCCAACAUGCAGCGCAUUAUGAAGGCGCAGACUUUUGGCAAUGGUGAUAAGAACUCCCCCAUGUACGGCACUGGAUCUGCAAUCCUCGAGUUGAACCCUCGUCACCCGAUCGUCUCUAAGUUGAAUGAGCUGAUGGUGAGCGAUCCUGAAAAGGAGGAGACCAAGGACCUUGCAUGGUUGCUCUACGAUACGGCUCUUAUCAACUCGGGCUUCGAUAUGACGGAUACCACCCAGUUCUCGACGCGCGUGCACCGCAUUAUGAAGAGCAGCAUGGGUAUCGACAGCUUGGAAUUGGAGCCCGAAAUUGAGGUCCCGGAAGAGGAGCAGGAAGUAGAUGAGGAGGAAGAAGCAGAGGACUUGGAUGAGUCGGAGGCGCAGGCUGAGGCUACUGAGGAAGCUGAUGAGCCUGUUGUCGAUGGAAAAGAUGAGCUGUAGAUUGGUGAGAAGACCAUAAACUAACUUCGAGACCAUAAUACUACAAUCAUUCACAGUAGUACUGGAGUCUUUUGAGUAUUUACUACUACUGAAGAACGUAAUAUAUAUAAACUAUUGGUUGAGACUA